CUGGGCCGCCACCUGCUCAGGGUAGGGUAGGGCGGAGCGAGCUGCUUCGGGCGGCGCCGCCACCUGUGCCCCUCGCCGGCGAAAUGGACGUCGCCGCGGCGGCGCGGGCCAUUCCGGAGGACGUCGUCAUCGAGAUCCUGGCGCGGGUGCCGGACCCGACGACCCUCUUCCGCUGCGCCGCGGUGUGCUGGCGGUGGCUCCGCAUCGUCGGCGACCCGGCCUUCCUCCUCCGCCGCUGGCCGCAGGGCACCCGGCCGUCCUUCCUCGGGUUCUUCGCGCAGCGCCACCAGAUCCAGGCCAACGCGAGGUGGAAGCUCAGCAAGCUCUUCCCGAACCGCUCGCCGGCGCUCGUCUCGGGCCCUGGCAACCCACCCCUCGGCCCCGGCCCCGGUCCCGUCCCCGUCCCCGGGCGGCGGCUGUUCCUCACCGACUUCGUCCGCGACGACGGCGCCGGCCUCUUCGACCAGGCCAAGCCCGUGGCGGCGCGCGGCGGGCUCCUCCUCAUGCGCGUCUUCCCCUCGCCGCCGGCCCAGAAAACGCUCCACUUCUGCGCGUGCGACCUGCUCACCGGCAAGCACGACCUCCUGCCCGCACUCCACACGGCCUGCUUCGACGAACGCGGCGUCAGGGGGUACGCCAUCCUCCCCGCCGCCGACCACCGCGGCACCCGGUACCUCUCGGCUGGCUACAGCACCUCCUUCCAAGUGCUUCUCCUCGGCGUCCACCGCGACGAUCACAAGGUAUACCUCCACAGAUUCUCCUCAGCCACAGCCACAGCCACAGCCAUUGCUCAACCAUCCUGGAGCACGCCCAUCAACUGCUCCAAACGAAUCCCGGGGCAUGUCAGGGGCCCCUUUGGAAACCGGGUAGCAGCCAUCACCAAUGGCACCGCACACUGGCUCUUGUGUGGGGAAGAACAAAGCCUCUACACACUUGAUGUGAGCAUUGACACAGACAAUAUAGGCACAACCAAGAUCCCCCUUCAUGUCCUCUCCGUUGUCUUCGACCGCGUUUGGCUGUACGAAAGCGUCGACGCAAGGCUUUCGCUCCUUUAUUUUGACAACAACAAGCUUGAUAUCUGGACUCAGCAAGAAUGCCAGGAGGAUGGUCCUGUGAUCUGGGCUUCCACCCAGUCAACUUGUGUUGGUGUGAGGAUGGGGCUGUUUGGAACGGAGCCGCUUUCCAGUGUGUGCAUUGGUGAGAAGAGUGGCACAAUGCUCACUCACUACCAUUCGGACCCUAGCAGCGCAUAUGCGGUCGACCUCCCAUCCGGGUCGACAACCAGGGUGGAAGAUUGGAAGCGUUGGUUCAACUACAUGACUGCUGUGCCCUUUGAUAUCAGCUGGCCUGCAUUCUUAUUGUCCAGGCUUGGAGACUUCCUGUAACGCCCGCAUAACCUGACCUGAGUAAUUUGCAAUUUUUAAUGUGUUUAAGAGCAUAUAUUGCUGUGAGAAUGAGAUUUGACUAAACCUUGUGGAAGUUCACAUAUUUAGCUGGCAUAAUAAACCCCAUAUGAUCUUAAUUCCAGAUAGAGUUUAUCUAUAUGCAUCUCCAGGUAUGGUGUCCACUUAAGGGACUCGUUUGUUUUGCAAAUACAGCCAUGUUCUUAAAAUCAACAACUUCAGGCAUUUGUUGGUUUUAUUAUCUAAAUGCAAUGAUAGGAGCAGAGAUUUGUCUGCGGUUUUGA